GUAUUCAACAAGGAACACGUGCCGCCCCGCCGGAUCGCGGCCCACGGUGAUGCAGGCGUCAACUAUACAUACUCACACAAGACCAUGCUCGCAGCGGAAUGGACGCCACAGUUGCGCCAGCUCAAGGAAUACGUUGAGCAGACCACGGGAUAUGAAUACAACUUUGUGCUCAUCAAUAGAUAUGCAGAUGGACGUGACACCAUUGGGGAGCAUCAGGACAAUGAGUCGGAGCUCGACCCAGACGUGCCCAUUGCAUCCCUGACCCUCGGGGCAACGCGCGACUUUGUGCUGCGCCAUCGGGAUGUGCGUCGCAAGUGCGGGGCCCACUCCAAACUCAACCCGCACACGCUGCCGCUACCGAGUGGCCUUUUGCUGACCAUGGAGGCACCGACCAACAAGUGUUGGUAUCACAGUGUUCCGCGACGGAGUCUUGCCCGGUGCCCCGGUCCGCGCAUCAACCUCACCUUCCGACGUAUUCGACCGGGCCGCCAUCCUGGCGCGCGUCCAGCAAAACGUGUCGAUCGAGCCGAUACAAAGUCAUGA